GCGCCCUCUGCUGUAAAUAUGUCAUUUGCGUCAAGAAAUCUCGUAAUCGGCUGGAGGUCAUUUCAGCCACACGGCUAGCUAGCUAGCAAACUACACAUUUUGAACUAUAAUUGCCGAAAUUGUCACCCAACAUCAAGGUUGCCAGCAAGUAAUUUGUUGGUCGUAACUCUAUUGGGAGUAAUGUCGCAUUCAUCUUCAGGAUUUACAGACAUGUCGCAGCAAUACGACGGGGCACAGCCCGAACAGAAUCCAGCGCUUACGGCAGGCUACGUACCUACGGAGGAAGAGAAACGAGUCUUUAAAGAAUGCAACCAAGAAAGCUUCAUGUACAGAUCUCUGCCGUUCUCUGCAGUGGCAGUGGGAGUAACGCAGGUGCUUGUUGCCAAAGGAGUCCUCGCACCCUCGCCACGCUUCGGGUCCUUGCCGAAAAUAAUUUUUGCUGGGAUGGUUGGGUAUAUAGGAGGGAAGAUUUCCUAUGCAAAGGUAUGCCAGGAGAAGUUCAAAAACCUGGAGAAUUCACCACUGGGUGAAGCAUUGAGACAAGGGCGUCGUCAGAUACCCCAACAGUUGGCUCCUCAGACCCAAUCAGAGAUGGGAGAUCCCCAGCAGGCUGCCUAUGUCCCUAUUCCUGCCUCAGACUCCUUCAGCAAUGACCUCUCCUCGGCCUAUCAGCCGCCUGCAUUCAGCGACUCCGCCCCCUCGGCACCUGGUGAUGACAUAAUCAACCCUCCAGCACCGUCGUACCUGGAGGACGAAGGCCCCAGGAGGGACCCUGUUCUGUAUGAGAACCUCCGCAGCCGGAACCGAGAGCACUACGAGGUCAACAUGACCCAGAAGGCCGACGCUUCUCUGCAGCCUCGGGCAGGGCGGGCUGACCCCCAGGGAGAAGUGAAAAAGAACAAGUAUGGAGACACAUGGGAUGAGUGAGUGUGUGUGUUAAAGAGAGAGGAGAGGGAGCGAGUUUGUGUUAGAGAGAGGGAGCAGUUGAGAGAGGAAAUGUGAGUGUGUGUCUGUUAGAGAAAGUGUUUUAAGGAGAGAGGAGAGUGCUGAGCGUGUAUUAAGGAGAGCGUGAGUGUGUGUUAAAGAAAGUGCGUGUGUGUGAAGGAGAGGGAAAGAGCAGGAGUAGGUUCUCCAGACCCUCAGAAUGGCUGCUUUGUCAUCUUGGGUCAUGUGAUCCUCUCCAGACACCAGUCAGUACCUGAUCACCUGUACUGUGUUCAUGUCAUAAUGUGAUGCUGCUUAAUAAACCAAAUUGGUUUAGCCUA